AAAUCUCCUCUUCCUCUUUCCCUGCAUUCAUCCUCCAUCUCAACAUCUCCGUCCUCGCCACCAUCCUUCAUCCUAGCCAGCAACCACCACCUCAGUCCUCACCACCACCAUAGUCCUCGUCAGUUACCACCAUCUUACCACCACACCUUUCGUCUUCUUCACCACCGUUGUUCUCGCCGUUACGACGUCCUCACCACCGUUGUUCUCGCUGUUACGCCGUCCUCACCACCAUAGUAUUCGAUCCUCAAAACCAUUGUCGUCCUUCAUAUCUGAAAACGGAGUCGUCCUCACCUCACCUCACCUGUCACGGUCAUCCAUCACCAUUGUUGCGGUUUACCGGAGGUUAAGUGAGACAUAGGAGUUGCAGAGGACGGUGGAGUCGACAGCUGAUACACGGUAGCUGGAGAUCGAAGUUGCAUAGAAGAGAUAUAUCUUUUGAACGGUAAAUACGGUGUCGUAUUUGUGUCCACUUAUCCUCCCAAAAAAUUAGAUUUUUAUGCAAUUGAUUGUCGCAAACCGAAAAGUCUAUCCUCCCAAACCAAACCACUUCUGUUCUGUCGUUUCGUUCGUUACCUCCCUCCGGUGUAGUUCCAUAUGCUUCAUGCGUGUGGAACCCAAUGGCAUCAACGGUCUCUCUCUCAAACACAAUCGGACUCUGUCACACCAAACACCACCACAAUAUAGUUAAACUAAACUACACUUCAAAUAUACUUCAAAUCAACACAUUUUCGCGUCCAAAAAUUGGACAUGAUGAUCAUAGAUGCUUUCGGUUAUAUUGUCUUUCUGGACCUAGAAAGGAAAACAAUCAGAAAAGUGAUUAUGAUGCAACUUCCAAGGACAGUGGCAGUAAGAAUAGAAAUGAAAUGCCUCAAAAUGCUGAUUUUCAUCGUCAUUAUUCGAGAAAGGAGAAGAAGCCUUUUCCAGUUCCCAUUGUUGAACUGUGACGGGCAGCUAGGGAGAGGAUAAAGAAGAUGAAAGAUGAGCCAAGGAGAAAACCAAUGCCGGCGCCAAAGAAUGGAUUGCUAGUGAAGAACCUUAUACCAGAAGCAUAUGACGUGUAUAAUGCCAGGAUCACUUUGAUUAAUAAUUUGAAAAAACUGCUCAAAGUAGUACCCGUGCAUGCUUGUGGGUGGUGCAGUGAAAUCCAUGUAGGCCCUGUUGGACAUCCAUUCAAGUCAUGUAAAGGUACACAAUCGAACAUCCGCAAGGGCAUUCAUGAAUGGACAAAUGCACAUGUGGAAGACAUAUUAAUACCGAUUGACGCAUUUCACCUCUAUGAUCGUCUUGGAAAGCGGAUUACUCAUGAACAGAGAUUCUCCAUCCCUCGGAUUCCAGCAGUGGUUGAGCUCUGCAUUCAAGCUGGCGUUAAAAUUCGAGAGUUUCCCACAAAAAGGAGAAGAAAGCCAAUAAUUCGUAUUGGGAAGAAGGAAUUUGUGGAUGCUGAUGAAAGUGAACUACCAGAUGAAGUCCCAGAUAACCCUACGCAACCAUUGAUAGCUGAAAUACCGGAUUCAGAUAUAGUUGCUCCAGUGAACAAGGAGGAAGUAGUCCACCUUGCCGAGGAAACACUCCAAGCAUGGGAACAAAUGAGGAAAGGCACCAAGAGACUAAUGAGGAUGUACCACGUGAGGGUCUGUGGAUAUUGCCCUGAAAUUCAUGUUGGCCCUAGCGGGCACAAAGCUCAAAAUUGUGGGGCACACAAACACCAACAACGCAAUGGGCAGCAUGGUUGGCAAUCUGCAGUGCUUGAUGACUUGAUACCACCGAGAUUUGUGUGGCAUGUUCCUGAUGUAAAUGGACCACCACUGGAACGAGAGCUUAAGAAUUUCUACGGGCAGGCUCCAGCUGUGGUGGAAAUGUGCAUUCAGGCUGGUGCUGCUUUACCCGAACAAUAUAAAUCAACCAUGCGCCUUGAUGUCGGGAUCCCUUCAACUCUUAGAGAAGCUGAAAUGGUAGUUUGAGAUUUAAGUGUAAAUGCAUGUUUUAUGUAGAAAGUCAAAAUGAAUGUACUUGGAAAAUACUAGAAUAACAUUAUGUGGGUAGUUCUGGUUGGGGUAUUUUUUUCUCCCAGUUAAAAUACACUUUGUGUCAUCUACUGUCCUCACCACAUUGUAGAAGACCAACAAAAUUGGUGUCAGAUUGAUGGAGCAAAAAUAACUUGAUCCAAGCUUCCUUGCAAUCUUUUCCUGUCAACUUUUUAAGAAGGCUAGGAGGGUACCUGUUUGGAAAUUUUUUGCUUGCUGGACAUUAAAAAAAUAAUUGGUAUGCCAUGAUUAAUCUCAAUUAUGAAAAGGCUAGUACUUUGUUAUUGUAA